UUUAUCCAAUCCAAUAGUCUUUCUUCUCCUCUGCUUCGGUUCUUUACCUCUUGCAGAUAGAAGCCAUGGAUAGGCUUCUAUCCUCUUCUUCACUUCCUUCUCUUAACACUAAUCUCAAGCCCUUCACUUUUCUCCCUCGAACCAGUUCAUUUUGCUCUUCAAAAUUCAAUUUUUUACCCUCAACCCGUUGCUCCUUCAGAUGGGCCACCUCAAUUUCUUGCAAGCAUGAAAACCCAUCUCCAUUAUCGCCUCCUACUCCCAUUUUUGCCUCAUCAAUACCACCCAAUAACUUACCAUGUCUUUCGUCCUCUCAAGCCACCUAUUCUUACAGCUCCUUACCCGUGUCCCACCCCAUCAAUCAGAUCACUGGUGAGGAUUUCAAAAAACCUAAGGCAAUAACAGCUCGGAAAUUUGUAAUACUUGCUGCUCUUGUUAUGAUAUUAAUCCAACCAGCUUUUGCUCCAGCAGCUUUUGCAACCUUUCAAAAUGCUGCCAAGACCACAGUUGGUGGAAAACUAAUCAGCACUGAGCUCUUAAGUAGUGCUUGGACUGGUUUCAUUGCUGGUUGUUUGCACACACUAUCAGGGCCUGACCACCUUGCAGCUUUGGCUCCAUUGUCCAUUGGCCGUACCAAAAUGGAGAGUGCUGCUGUGGGAGCCCUUUGGGGUUGUGGCCAUGAUGCUGGCCAGGUUAUCUUUGGCUUAAUAUUUUUGCUCCUAAAAGAUCGACUUCACAUUGAAAUUAUUCGAACUUGGGGCACCAGGGUGGUGGGCAUUACCCUGCUAAUAAUUGGUGCUAUGGGAAUUAGGGAAGCUUCAGAAGUGCCUACCCCAUGUGUUGCUUUAGAAAAUGGUGAAUGUGAUGUCAGUGUCUAUGAAUCACUUGAUAAUCCUACAGUAGGAAAGAAGAAGAUUGGUUUUGCUACUUUUGCCACUGGAAUAGUUCAUGGACUGCAACCAGACGCAUUGAUGAUGGUGUUGCCUGCCCUUGCUUUGCCUUCUCGCUUGGCUGGUGCUGCAUUUCUCAUCAUGUUCUUACUUGGAACUGUAGUUGCAAUGGGAAGCUAUACGGUAUUUAUAGGAUCUUGUAGCCAGGCACUUAAGGAUAGAGUACCUAGAAUAACUGAGAAACUUACUUGGGCUUCUUCUCUUGUCGCAAUAGCCCUCGGAUUUGCCAUCCUCAUUAGCCAGUUUUUUGGAUUUAGCCUGUAUUAAUACACUUCAAUGAGCCUGGAACCUUUUUGAUGAACAUUGUUUUGGUGUCAAGAUGAAAGUAGGGACGUUAGAGAUUAAUUUGAUUGUUUGGAGCAAGUUCAUCAUCCAUGCAACAUGUGAUAUUGAUCGUUGUCUAUUAUUUGACUACCCUUGUGAAUGUAUAGAACUCUGGUAUGUUCAAUAAUUCUGCAGCUGAGAACUAUGUUUGUGUUAUAUUUGUAGAUUUCAAUUGAUUU